AUGCAGAUGCAAAUCAUACUGGCUUGGCAGUAUCCAAAUAUGUUGUUGAUGAAGGAGUUCCCGUGGUAUGCGAAGUAUUCUCUUAUAACCGACUAUCCAAUUUCAGAUCCGAUAAUGCGUGUGUUUAAUCACACAAUCACCCCGGACGCCGAAUUUGUUGUAUGGAAUUCAUCAUGCCAAAGAAUAAAUAGCCAAACAGCUGGUGGUCGUUUACUGAUAAAUUUAAAGACGACUACACCAGUAUUUGGAAAGGCAGCUGGAAAGAAUGCGCGCAAAUUGGAGAAACUGCUUGCAAGUUUCUUAAAAUCUCUGACUAAAAGCGUGCAAAUGAGCAUAAAAGUCAAACGUAAGUCAUUUAAAGUUUAA